AUGCUUGAAUCCACCAAUCAACAACAGGCUCACACUACAACGGUAUCGUCACAUAAGAAGCAAAAGAGGAGAGACAUCAUAGAUUCUUUCUAUGGCCCGCCAAUAAAGCGUCGUGUAUCAUUACAUGACUUGAGUAAUAAUAAAAAAAGACGCCUUGAAUAUUUAAAAGAAAAGCAAAGGGAACAUAGAUCUAACGAAUCUCAAGAAGCUAAGACCAAAAGAUUGAGAAAGAUGCGGGAUUAUGCACAGAGGGCUAGAUCUAUACAUAAUAAAUCAGCAGAUCAGAGAGAAGCACGUCUAAGUGAUCAAAGACACAGAAGUCAGCGAACAGUUAACAAUGAAUCAGAGGCUCAAAGACAGGAACGUCUUGCUGACUUAAGUGAAAGAUCACAGCAACAAUGUGCCAGUGAAUCAGAAGCUGAAAAAGAAGAACGUCUCUUAGAUCUUCGUGAAAGAGAUCAUGAAAGAAUAGCCUCAGAAUCUGAAGAACAAAGAGCUCAACGUAAUCAAAUAAUGAGAGAAUAUCGUAGAGUUAUUGGCUAA